AUGUCAAAAUUUAUCGCAACAGCAACUCCCUAGAGUCCAUUUUUUAGGCACUCUGGUGAUACGUAGUACUAAAUGUCAAAGUGAACGUCCGGUGGCGCUAGUGAACGGGAAUUCAAUCAGUUUUAUGAAAAAGGCGGCGAUGGCCGCUCUCUGGCAUUACAGUUGUUCAUUAUACAUAUGCACACGUAAUCUGACCGCGCAGUACGUCGCAUAUUACUACAUUACUGAUAAACCGCGUCCGCGUCGUUCGUCGGGCGCAGCAGGGCGCAGUGUGCCAAUGGAUCGCGUGACGUUCGUUGGAGAACCGACACGCGACUCGUAGGUUAGACUGCCGCUCGACAAGAUCGAUCGACGAGGAAGGACGAAAAGCGGGUGAGAUUUCAGAGCUUGCGAGCACGAUGCGGACGGCUAUCGCGAUCUUCUGCGUCUUCCUCGGCUGCUGCACCAACGUCGUAUUUCUGGAACUGCUUGUCAAGGAUGAUCCUGGCAGUGGAAAUCUCAUCACAUUUUCACAGUUUCUCUUUAUAUCCCUUGAGGGAUUCUUGUUCACAUCCAAAUGUGGUACCGUUACACCAACCAUAGGCAUAAAGGAUUAUUUAAUUUUAGUCAUAAUGUUUUUUGUUACCAACGUAUGCAACAAUUAUGCAUUUGAUUUUAAUAUACCCAUGCCGUUGCACAUGAUAUUUAGAGCUGGAUCUCUCAUAGCCAACAUGAUUAUGGGUAUUAUUAUUUUAAACAAAAAAUACGCGUUUAGCAAGUACUUGUCAGUACUCAUGAUCACUAUAGGAAUAGCACUUUGCACAAUCGUUAGUGGCAAAGAAAUCAAGUCUUUGCAACAGAAAAAUGUGGUACAAGUACCCACGACGCCUUGGGAUGAUUUCUUCUGGUGGAUCUUAGGCAUAUCUCUACUCACAAUUGCCUUAUUUAUUUCCGCAAGAAUGGGUAUUUAUCAGGAGGUACUAUAUAGCCGGUAUGGUAAAAAUGCGCGGGAAGCUUUGUAUUAUACACACUUGUUACCCUUACCAUUCUUCCUAACACUAGCGCCUAAGAUUUAUGAUCAUUGGAACUUUGCGCUUGAAUCCGAGCCACUAAGGUUACCUCUGAUCGGUGUACAUAUGCCAUCGUUAAUUAUAUAUUUAAUUGGAAACGUUCUGACACAAUACAUGUGUAUCAGCUCUGUAUUCGUAUUAACGACGGAGUGCAGCUCUCUUACGGUUACUUUGGUGAUAACAUUGCGAAAGUUUCUAUCGUUGUUAUUUUCUAUAAUCUAUUUUAAAAAUCCAUUUACUAUAUAUCACUGGAUAGGUACGCUGCUAGUCUUCUUAGGUACAGUUAUUUUUACGGAAGUGAUACCAAAGAUUACGCAAAGUUUACAGCAAGUAUCUAAGACAAAAAAAAUGGAAUAAACAUUAUUAUAGGGGGAAAAAACGGAAAGUUACAACAAACAUUAAUUUUAAGAGUAAGACAAGCGCAUAAUCAUAUCUUUUAUUCUUACUAACUGCACAACUAUGAAUUGUUCAAGACAUUUUGUAGUUGCAUUAUUUCGAUAUGUAAAGCAGUAGGUAAGAGAGAUUUUCAAACAGAUAUGACGUGAAGAUGAUCAAUGCACAUCCUUUGUUUUAUAUAAAUUAUAUGCUUUUGCAAAAUAAUGAGUGAUUUUUAGAUGUAAUCUCUCUACCUCAAUUAUAUUUUUAUAAUUCAACUAAUGAAUAAAAGAAAUUGUCGUCUCUUUCAAUCACUAUAUAUGUACCUGAUGGAUCAGUUUGUUAAUGCUUGCAUGUAAGACUAUUAUUAGUUUGAUCAAUAAUUUCGCAAGUUUGAAUUUAACGAUGCAAGUAUAUUUCCGUUUGAUAUAGUAUAUAUAUUUUUUUACAAUAAAUAUAUAUCUUUCUAUCUAGCAACAAUUUAAAUUCGAUAUCAGGGCACAAUGUUAUAGGUGAUCGUAUAUCACUUAAUUUAAAUCCCUUAGGCUCGUUGUUCGGAAAGUUCUCUCGGAAAAUGGCAGACGCAAAAAACGGUUAAAAAAGCCACAAAAUAAGAAACAUGUUUAUGUCACUGCAUUAUACCUUGGCACGCAUAUAUAUAUAAGUAGCUCGUAAAAUAUCUUAGUUACAUCUAUAAUUAAAUUUAAUUUCCUCUCUAUUUACAUUAUUUGUGGAAAGAAGGGUGUACAAUGGCACGAGUUAACUAUCCGCAUACGAGCCAAUUGUCUGAAUGCUCGCCGAAACAAACAUCAAACACGAUUACAAUAUAAAUGUACAAAAA